AUGUCCAGUGAUUUUGAAUCCCUCUCCUGCGAUGAUCAGGAAAGUCACGGUGGUAGCCAUCACGAUGCUGAUGGCACACAUCACGGCGACAGCCACGAUAGCUUCGACGCGCUAGACGAUCUAGUGGCGGAGCAAGACGCUCAGCUGCUGCGUCGCCUGGUGCUCCAUGACGACCCCCACCACCGCUAUCACCACCACAACGGUGACGGCGACAGCGACAGCUCGGCGGCCGUGUACGGCCACCGCGAGUACGGCGUCGUCGGUCAAUCUCCCCCGACGACGACUCACACAAUCUCCUACGCUUCAUCCCGCGGCGCCGCGUUUCGGUCCGGUGACGUGUCCCCCGCAACGACAGGGCAGCAGCAACUAUCGAAUGCGUGUCGACCCACCGCUGAAGUCGAUAAAUCGAGUUCAAGCGGCCAAGAAGAUCCCCUCAAGGAUCACGAGAACAAGAGCAGCUGCAGCAACAACGAUCGAAGUAGCUGCUCCGCCGUCCCUGCUGAUCGCACCGGCAGCGCCAAGGAACACGCUCACCGCUUCCUUGCGCCGCAGCCGAAGGCCGAGCCGGAGUUGCCGCCACCGCGAAGCGACGCGACCUCCCCGAAUGCGCGGGUGGUGCUCCCUGAUCGGGUGUCCCCACACGCGGACGGAGCAGCGGAGGGCGAGGAGGGAGUCGACAGGAGAGACGAGCGACAUCAUCCGCACGGCCCCGCACCACCGCCGCUACGUCCGCCAACGCUCGCGCAGGCGUGGCGCGCGACGUGUCCGCCCGACUCCGGCGAUGUCACGCCGACGACGGCGUCUGUCACGACGCGGAAGUCGGCCACGGGCAACGAAGAAGAAGAAGAACUGGAAAGCGAAGCGGAAUUCGCAUCGCAGGGAGUCGGCGUACGCGCACCGCCUGCUGUGGAGCUGCCGAAGGCAACCGCGCGCGUCCACGACUACCACGACGCCGAAGGUUUCUAUCGAACAGGCCUGCUGGAGGAGCCGACGGACUCGGACGACAACGACGAUGACCACCACCACCACCACCACCACAGCAGCAAAACGGAAGAAGAAAACGAGGAGCACGAAGGAGACGUUGGAGAGGUCUCGGUGGAAGCGGCAGCUGCGCGGGAGUCGCGACGUCCGCGUGCGGAACCGCCGCUGGAAGCCCACGAAGGCACGCGACCACCGCCGACAAUCGCCGCAUCUCCCGCCUCGACCCUAUCUAGUCUGCGUGCGAAGCUGGCCAUCGCCGCGGAAGAACUCCGCCGCGUUGCUGCCGCGCUGCCGCACAUGUCGACAGUCCAUUUCCUCUCCCUCGUCAUCGCCGUUCUCGUGCCGAUCAACGUCUUGUGUUUGGAUGUGAUGGCGUUUGCGUGGAUUCGGCGGCGCGUGGAUGCGCGGUACCGCCCACCUGUUGAGCUGUCACACGACCGCGACGACUGCGGUGGCGGCUGCUGCACUUCCUCGCCGUCGUCCUCGCCUGCCGACGUGAACGGCCGGCAUAUCCUGCGUGCUCUCUUUCCAAGUGAGCGACACAGCGGCGGCGCGUGCAGUUACCUCGACACGGUGUCCGCGUUGAACUCCUCCAACGCCGGCGCUCGAUGCUCGAGCAGCCGUAACACCCAUAGUGGUGGGAGUGGCCCUCGUCCCUCGACGGCCGGGUCAGCCACGCACGCCGUGCCUGCGCUUUGCUCGUUUGUGCUGUGGCUGAUGGUACCAAACGGCCUUGUGAUCCGUGCGCUGCGGUCUCAGUACGGCUUGACGAAACCAAACACUGCUUCGGCUGCCGCCGCCGCCGCUGCUGCUGCUACGCCUCCUGUGAGUCAGCGCGUGAGCGUCCCCGCACGUCUCCGUGCGUCGCGUGAGGCGAGUGAUUUGGCGUGUGUCACGGCGACCCUGCACGCGUUAUACACCCACCUCCGCCGCACGGCACCGCAGCUGGCGCUGAUGGAACUGUAUGUCCGCUACGCGUGUCUGUGGAUGAUGGUGCGCGUCGUGCUGCCAACGGCGGUGACCGCGGGGGUGUGGCUGGAUGGCUGGAUGCCCACCAAGACGACCAGCGAGGACGCCCCGCCGUUGUCAACCGACGCCAAAGUGCACGGGUAG